AUGGUUGUGGUUCCGGAUGCAGUGAGUCCAGCGCUGAGGGCGGUGAUGGCCCUGUAUGGCGCCGGACAAUAUGCCUGGAAGUUUUAUCGAACAGUUAAGGAUUUCGGAUACGAUUUCGAAAUCUCCAUGGAGGCCCUCUACUCUCAAGAAUGGGUCUUCGGGAGUCAUCUAGAGCAGUAUAAGGCGUGUCUAGAAGAAGCCAGUCCUGGCAAAGUUCAGACUCGGCCUGGCCAAGCGUGGAGCCGGCAACAGAUAGGAGACCGAAUCAUCAAAAUUACCAACAUUUUCAACAAGUGCUAUGUCAUUGUCCGACACUUUGACACUGGGUGCAGCAAUCUUUCCUGUACCCAGGAUCAUGGCCCGGGGAUUGAAGAUCCUGUGUCAGGAGAGAACCGGCCGCGGAGGAGGCUGAGGAAACCGUCAGACAAGGCCAAGGAACGUGGAGGCGUAGGGUCUGCUAUUGUUGACUUAGGAGGUGCUCUUGCUGGGAUAGGUUUACCACUGAACAAGGGUCAACAUAAAGGCGGCUCAGAUGCUAUCCAUACGACGCCAGACGGGGAGAUACAGCACGCGCCGAGACCCGACCACACGGGCCCCCCAAGUUUGGUUACAGCAGAGUUCUUCAGGAAACGAAAAGAGCACAUGCAAAAUCGAGCUAAGAAGGCACAGAAAGAUGUCGGUUCAGGUAAACUCAUUGCCUGGGCGGACCAUGGGAAAGCCGAUUUCGAAGAUCUGAUCCAGCAACUCAAGGAGGCGAUUCGAGUGCUCAGGGACAUGAUGCCGCUUCUGGUUCCGGACGACCCGUUCAAGAAGCUGCGUCCCAUGAGUAAUAAACCGAAUCUGUGGGAGAAGACGGAGGAUACUCGAGUUGGACUGAGAGGUCUGCAUAUCGCGGUACAGGCUAUCAAUUCCCCUGAGCCACUGAACCUGGCAGUGAAACUUGAGGAGAAGCCCGAAGACAUGAUGGCUAGAAUGGAAGCGGGCGGGUUUCUGGAUCCUCAGCGCAAGAAAAACGCCAUGGUUACAUGCCUGAUGCCUCGAGUUGAGAGGCCCGACGGAAAUCCAUGCCCAGAAUACCUCGUCUCGACGACCAUCACAACGGGCGAGCACACGGAAAUAACCAGCCUUCCUCAGUAUCUUGCCGGCCUGAGAAGUGCGAAUCCGGAAUUCAACGUCAUUGGGCAGAUGACGCGCCGCGGGGAGGAGAUAUACUAUCUCCAGCGGACCAGAAAGCAGAAUCUGCUUGGCGGCGAAGAUCGCAUUGUCCCAUGUUCACUUUAUGUCAAUUAA